UCUGUCAGCUGCGGAGUCAAUGUUGUUGCACCUCGGAGCAGCACAGCUACUGUGAUCCGCUAUCAUGGAGGAAAAUGGAAAAACGCACGGACUGAGAUCAAUGCACACACACACGCAGGUUCGGACUGGACGUAAAAAUGCCACGGGAUUGUAAUCUCCCCGCGGAGGAUGGGAUUUUCUGGACAUAACGCAGUGAAGUUACAGGAAUCUUUGUCCCGGACUGAAGAAAAGACGAGUGGGCCUGAAAUCACACAGACGUCGGUUGAAGUUGAGCUAAGAGCUGCGCUAGCCAAGUUAGCAUUUAGCUUACUGUGAAAUACCAAGUGUAUAGCUAAUGGUUAGGUCGUGUUUGAGCGGGGAACACACCGCAGUGUGCGGCUGCGUGUACCACGAUAUACAGUGUAGUCAGAGAGUUACUGCUUUACAUGCGGUUGUUUACGUUAGCAGCAGUGAUUAUAGCUACACUAGCCAGAUAGCUCUGUGACAGUGCUAGCCUGUUGUUCCCUGCUAGGUAAAGCAGAAAGCCCCCGAGAAACAGGAACAAAAGAGAGGAUAACACAGGGUCGGUGGUUAUUCGUGUACAAGAGGAUGUAUCUCAGCAGAGACAUUUUUAUCAUAAACGUUAAUAGCCAUUAAUUGCCUCCGAGAUUAUUAAUUCUAUUUUAGACAAUAAGCACGUUUCUCUCUACAAGAGUCACCCUGUCCGGAUAGAGCUCGAGUUAUACUUAGAUUGUUUCUGCUUUUGAUCUUUAAGAGAUUUUUAAUCUCAUUGAGAUAAAGGAUUUGGUUCUGGUUAUAUAAUUUAUUUAGUUGUCAGAUUUCAACACAGUCCUAGUUGUUUUGUUUUUUCCAGUCAGUUUGACCAAACCAACCCAUUUCUCAUCUUAAACUUGAGCAGUAGGAAUGUAUUGUCCCUCAGAACCACACUUCUGGCAUUCACCUUGUUAUUCUGUGGUUUUAGUCUGAAAAUUACCCGUUCGCACACAACUUGGAAGACCUAGAGUAAACAAGCAACACAAGAACUGGAAAUUGGAGGACCUCCAUUCAGCCAAUAGUGGUACAACAGACACAAUCUCUGUUUUGGAUCACAUCAGAGGGAUAACACACAAGAGGAGGGGUAGAGUAGUCAUCCCUGUUGCUCAUCUCCAGCCUCCUUUCGGCCUGGUCUCAGAUGUGAGACAUGGGCAGCCAGGGCAGCCCGGUGAAAAGCUACGACUACCUUCUUAAGUUCCUCCUGGUUGGAGACAGCGAUGUUGGAAAAGGAGAGAUCCUGGACAGCCUGCAAGACGGAUCUGCCGAGUCCCCAUAUGCUUAUAGCAGUGGUAUCGACUAUAAAACCACCACCAUUCUCCUGGAUGGGAGAAGAGUGAAGCUCGAGCUCUGGGACACCUCAGGACAAGGGAGGUUCUGCACCAUUUUUCGCUCCUAUUCCCGCGGGGCUCAGGGGAUCCUGCUGGUGUAUGACAUUACCAACCGGUGGUCAUUUGAUGGCAUCGACAGGUGGAUCAGAGAGAUUGAUGAGCAUGCACCAGGCGUGCCUCGAAUCCUCGUAGGCAACCGGCUACAUCUGGCCUUCAAACGGCAAGUUCCCACUGAGCAGGCCAGGGCAUAUGCCGAGAAGAACGGCAUGACGUUCUUCGAGGUGAGCCCUCUGUGCAACUUCAACGUCAUCGAAUCCUUCACAGAGCUAUCUCGUAUCGUCCUGAUGAGGCAUGGCAUGGAGAAGUUCUGGAGGCCCAACAGAGUCUUCAGCCUCCAGGACCUUUGCUGCCGAGCCAUCGUGUCAUGCACUCCAGUCCACCUCAUCGACAAGCUCCCGCUGCCUGUUGCCAUUAAGUCCCACCUCAAAUCCUUCUCCAUGGCCAAUGGCAUGAACGCCGUCAUGAUGCAUGGACGCUCUUACUCUCUGGCCAACCCAGCUGGCGGCUCUAAAGGCAACAGCCUGAAGCGCUCCAAGUCCAUCCGUCCACCGCAGAGCCCUCCGCAGAACUGCACCCGCAACAACUGUAAAAUCUCCUAAUUCACAGUUUCACAGAGGGUGUGAAAAAAGCGAUGAAUGAAUGGGAUCAGGAGAUGGAUGUUCAGAGUGGUGGCAGUUGGACAGAAAGAGCACAACCCUGAAAAUGAAGGGCAGCAGAGCGGCAAUGAUGCAUAAAGGGAUGAAUUAUCGCCACCUCCCACCUUCAUGAGUUGAAGUACUUUCCAAGUAGAGAAGCUGGAAUGAUUCCUCAGGAUAUCAGAGGAGAACGACUACAAACUUAUUGGUCUCUGCUGACCUGAUUCUCACUUUAUCCAAAUCACAAAAAGAGAGAAAAGACUCCAGAUCCACUCCCACCUGCUUGAGUGUUAACUUCAUGUACAGAAAUCCCUCACCAACUCUUGUUUAGUUGAUGUACAUGAUGCACGCCACUCGCCAUGUCUCUGUAUCACAGACGUCACCUGGAGAUUAACUCCUCACCUUAUUCUUGCACAUUUAUUUCUUGCCUCUGUCUGUCUGGUUAUACUUCCACCUUUUUCUAUCCACAACUCCGUUAAUUUGCUGUUUUAUUGACCAAUAAGCUAACGAUCCAGACACUAGUAACCAGUUCUUUAUCAGUCCACUCCUGAUUGAACCAUAGACUGUUAAUAGAAAUGGACGUAGACUCCAAUUCCAUAGAGUGAAGCCAAUGGUUAAGUGCCUGAAACCCGUAUUCUCUCCAAUGACCAGGAGAGGGACACAACGAUGUCAAUUUCUAGUAUUUGUCUCAACACUUUAGUUUGUAGUCUUCUUCAACACAGUAUGAUGUUUUUUUUUGUAAAUUACAGUCCCAUUUAGAGUCAAAUAGUACCGUCCAAUGGGUGCAGGCCGCAGGUGUUGCUGGGCGUGUAGUGUCCGCAAGCUCUGUCAGGCUCCACCCCCAACUCCUCUAAAUAUGGUCACCUCUGCUCUCGAAAAACCAAAUUUGCCAAACUAGGUGCUUCAAAAUGGCAGCUCACAAACCAAUGACAAAAGUGAAGCCACAUCAUCUUGAUCGUCCCCUGGUGGCAUGCUGCAGCAUAGGCCAUACCUAAACAGCUUACUAUGACUCAAGAUUGGUCGAGCCUCUGUAUUGGAGGGACCCCAAUACCACAGCUCCCCCCCACGAUCAUUGACUCUGACUCUAAAUAGUUCAAAAGGGCAAAAUGGCAGCGAGAUAUUCAAGAUAUUUGGCUUCAUUUCUGAAUAGUGGGAGGAAGUGGAGACGCGUCGUCCAUCUUUAUUUACAGUCUAUGGUCUGAAUGCUCACUGUGCUUUGGAGUUUAAAUGGUUUUGUGUGAUCUAUAACACUUGCUGAAGUGAAAUCUUGGCAACAAGUUGAGUGACCGCUCCCGUCUGGUGUUGAAGCUGAGGUCGUCAGACAAACGCGACAAUACCUGAAGCAGGUCUCAGGUCCAGAUGUGUGCAUGUGACUUCAGGCUACCUUUACCUACCAGACAUUUUGGGUCAGUUUUAAACAAAAGUGUAAGAGUGGAUCGAUUCCACAAACACAACACAUGUAUUUUUAAUGAGUGCAGCAGAUGUUUGGGUUGUGGUUUACACAGUCUACUUCCAUAGUGGAUUCACUGAUGCUUGUUGCUGUAGAAACCACUGCAUUUAAAAAACGAGUGGCCUAUUUAAUGUCUCUACAUCUUUUAUGAAUCUCAUCUUUUAACUUGAUGCCAAUUGAAAAGAAUUCCACAAAGGACAACAAAACAGAGUAAAGAGGAAAUAUUACUUUUUCUUAUUGUUGAAGAAUCAUGAAAAGACCAAAACCAACACGUGUAUCUUAGUUUGUCUCUAAACUUCCCUCCUGAGCUCAGAGCCCUUUGGUCCCGUCUCAAAACUUAAAUCUUUAAAACACCUCACAAACAUGCAACUCGACUCGUCCGUCUUGUUUGGAUCCUUUUUGCUUCGGGCCCAUUUUUCCUUUGAGACCAACUCCACUGCUCUUUUUAGGGAGCUGUUUUGAUGUUUUGUUUUUGGCCUGAAAGCUUCUAACAGCUAACAGAUGAGAUGGAGUGGGCACUUUUACAUCUGCGUCACGCAGCUCAGCCGUCUUCCUCGCUCACACUCUUUCUCGCGCUCGCUCUCUCGCUCUCUCGCUCUCUGCCUCUCUCUCUCUCGCUCUCUCUCUCUCCUGCUAUUUGUGUUUCAAAAAACAUGUACACACACGUACACAAAAACACUCAACUCAUCACGAUUCUUAUAAAUGAUUAAGUGUAUUUACAGUUAUAUAAUCAUUAUAAUAUUAGGACAUAGUGAACGAGAGCUGAAACUCUUAUUCAAAUACAUUUCUUCAGUCAGUCAAUUGAAAAAUCUUAAUAAUGAAUUAAUUUUAAGGAAAAAUCCAGCACAUUUUGUUGUGUCUGUGUCUGUGUCUCUGCUCUUCUUUUCUGUUUAACAGAUUUUAAAACUGAAUCUCAUCAGAUUUGUAAGAAACCUACUUUUUACAGUUUCAUCAUAUAAUUCUGAAAAAAUAAUCAACUGGUCUAUAGAUAAAAUAGCUCUAUUCAGUGGCCCAUCCCCCAAUCGUUACUGCGCAGGCUCUGGCUCCAAAUGACAUCAUUGGCACAAGAUGGCUGCGUUUGUAUCCAACAUGGUUUUUGGAUAGUGGCAGGAUGUGGGGACACGUCGUCCAUCUUUUAUUUUUACAAUCAGAGGUUUCAGCUCAUACAUCAGUGUGUGGUUGGUUUUUGUUUCCAUAACAGCGACCAUUGGAUCCUCGUUACAUGAAGCGUAGCUAUAAGCAAAUGAUCAGAAAUGUUGUUGAUAGCCAAUGAAUCAUUAUUAGUAGAACAAUCUUGAGUUUCAGCUUCUUGAACGAGAGAAUUUUCAUCUUUUCUUCUCUUUCGACUUCCAUGAUCAAACCGCUGCGUUGUGUUGAAAUGAGCUCGAACACGUGAACUCUUCAGAGUCGUCAGCUUUUGAACCAUCACACUGCUGCGUCUGGAUUUCCCUUGAGACCGACUGCUGCAUGUCUUUCCCUCUGAUCCACUCCACUGCCUCCACACUCUGUCCCAUGAUUCAUGGCUGCUGAAUAAUAGAUGCUUUUCAUAGAUCUCUGUAGGCUUUCAUUAGCACCCAGCCCCCCACUGCUCCAUCUCUCCCUGCUACGAUUUCAUCCUCCUCAUGGGAAGAUGCUCUGCUCACUUCGGUUUGUUCGUGGUUCUUCUCAGCAUCUGUUUUCUGUCAUUUUCCCGUCCCAACAAUAAUAAGAGCUGGAUCAGGUUCUCAGUUCUAACCUGUUUAAUGACACUGCCCUCCACAGCUCAGGCUCAGUGUCUGUUCAUUUCAGUGUGUAGUGUUAGUGGACUCUCAAUCUGCUGCUGUGUAUCUCUCGAUUAAAGGAUAAAACAGCCAACCCACACACGUUGUGUUAACAGGUUCUUCCUCACCAGCAUUUUAAGAAAGAUUCUGUUAAAUGAGCCGAGUCGUGCUUGUUGCCAAGAUUUCCCACUCUGCCGAACAGGAGAAGCCACUGAUCAUUGUUGCUGCUGCCUCACAGAGCAUGUUAACCACCAAUGGGUGUGACGAUGAGGAUGUUGUGUAGUUCAUCCAGUUCCUUUCUCUGUGACGACACAACCUUUGCUUCCACGUCUUCUUUUGCUCUCAUGUGGACUUCCUAAGUGUUGUCAAUCAUAUCUUCUGAUAUAAGCUGAGUUUGCUCCUUUUUUUGGGGGGGGGGGGGAAUUAUGGAAAUGUUUGCAGAGGAUGAUGGGAGAUUGAUUUACCCUCUGGUGGGCAUGUUUGUGUAAAGGAGCACUGUUUUUAUGAUGAUGACAAACACAUGUAAAACACUAUUCUUGUUUUUGGCUAAAGCUGCUGAGUAAUCUGAAGUGUGUGUUUGUGUGAGAGAGUGAGAGAGAGACCGUUUCUUCACACACUAACCUGAACGUUUUUCCUUUUUUUAAAUUAUUGAUUGUACAGUUUCAAGGCGAUGAUAUGAAGAGACUUUUUCACAAUAAAACUAUUGAAUGUUGGAGUCAAAA